AUAACCUUAUUCUCAAACUGUUGUGCGGCUUGUGGUUUGUUUUGCGUGUUGUUUAUCCCGAAUGUUUAAUUUUUCUGCAAUUGUGCUCGUGGUGUCCAGCCAACCAUAAUGAAUGACGAAACUAGCAACAGCAACGACGUCAUCGAAAUAUCUGACGAUAGUUGCGAGGCAAUUUACGAUUCUGGCGCAGGUGCCUCUGGUAGUGGUACUUCAGGGGUAAAAAGGCCCACAUUCGAUUCUGACGAUGAUUAUGAUUCGGACGAAAGCGACGAUGUGCAAUUUAUUGAAGAAGAGUCUGAAGAAAGUGAACCUGAAUAUGAAUGUGACUUCUGGGAUAAUGAUUGUGUGAUUUCCAAUGUUACAAUUACUACAAAACUUAUUCAAGGAAUACAUCACACAAAAUAUAUCUCACUGCCAGAGCCCAAUGAUAUAAAAAGACAAAAAUUAAGUGUGGAACUUAAUGAGCAGCUUAGUAAUGAAAUAAACUUUAAAAGUAUCAAAGAAAACUACCUAAACGACAACGCGUUUGAGGAGAAAAACUGUGAAUUGAUCACAGAUCCAUGGAAAGUCUUAGUGAUCAAUAAUGUAGUUGAUGAUGUGUCAAUACUUGAUAAAGUUCGUCAUGAAUUUAACGAAAUCGAUUGGAAUAUUCGAACAAUGGACCUAUAUGAGUUCAAUCAGUCAGAAGACUUGAAAAACAUUCAUGAGGAACACAUUGGACUAGUUUAUGACUUUUUGAAAGGUGAUUUAAUGUCCUGGGUUUCAAAAUUAACCAAUCUUGAAUUAGUACAAGUAUCGGCGACGUGCAGUUUCUAUAGCGAUACUGACUUUCUUCUUGUGCAUGACGAUCAACGAGAUACGAGAGCUGUCGCGUUUGUGCUGUACCUGACGGGGAAGGAGGGUUGGUGUGCUGACUGGGGCGGGUGUUUGCAAUUAUUGAAUGCCGAUGAAGAUAUUCAACCCCUGAAAGUUACUAAAAAUAUUCUACCGCGUAAUAAUCAAUUGGUUUUGUUUCCUGUCUCGGAUCGAUCAUAUCAUCAAGUAAGUUUUGUUUGCAUUACAAUGUAAAACUUCUGCCGUUUGAGUAUCAACGGCUGGUUUCAUACCAAAGAACCACUAACCUUUGAAACGCCCAUCUACAAACCGCCAAGCGAUGGUUUAUACGGGACGACGUUGCUUGAGCCGAUAGAAGACGAUUGCGUCCUUGCUGAUUACAUCGACGAUGGUUAUCUGGUUGACGAUACCGUCACAUCGAUACAGCAAUAUAUCGAAGAACACUCCGAGAUGUCUUUAGAACUCUAUUUCAAAGAGGAAGAGUUCUUUGCUGUCUUCGACGAUUUGGUAUCACCAGAAAUAAAAUGGAAGCAAAUGGGUCCACCAAAUCGCCGCAACUACGAGUACAUCGCUAAUGAUUCUGAUCUUCCUCCAAAGUUGAAAAAAUUCAUAUCCGUUUUAAAAUCGAAAACAUUUUUCUCUUGCUUAGAUCAGUACACAGGGUUAGAAUUGCGAAAAAUGAAGUGGGAGUUUCAAAAAUGGACGCCGGGUUCCUACUCCUUAAUAACCCAAGAUAACGCAGAUAGACUGGAUGUUAUGUUCUGCGUCGGCGACACUUCGAUCGUCGGGGGUAAAACGCACUAUGUUACACUGGACGAUGAGGUUCAGAACGCACUUAUCACCACCGGUUGUGAGGUGAAUUAUUUAAAUCUUGUUUAUGGAGACACGGCGCGUUACACGUCGCUAAUCAGCAAAUACAGCAAGACAUCGAGCUUCUACAUGUUCGUCGCCUCGUAUUUUGAGGACAGCGAAGAGAAAUCUAAAAAUAAGGAAGUUGUUGAUUUGAACACUAGUAGUGAUUUAAACGCUAAAGUAGAAGAUGACAAAACUGCACCAGCUACAACUGUAUCAACUGAUGGCGCGGGGGAUAACCUUAGCAAAGAGAACAAUGUUGAAUCUAAAACGAUGUUAAAUGACACAAUAGAACCCGCGACGUCAGAACCCCCCAAGACGGAAUAACGUAGCCCAUUAGACGUAAAAUUCUAAAAUAUUGUGCGUAUCAUGGUCAGAAAUGUGUCAUCACCCGAAUUAUGAAGUUUCAUUGGUUCAUUGAUCGUUUAUUCGUAAAAUAACCGGCCGACAUAUUUUUGUAACAGGUAAGCGUCCAUGUCGGCCAUCUUUGUUUAUCUAAUAAAAAAAAGUUUUAAUAAAAAAUAAACAUACACAAUA